ACCCGCGUUAGGUACGUAAGCAGUUGUGCGGCAGGUCGGCAGUUGUGCGGAGGGUCGGCCGUUGUCCGUGACCUGAAGGAGAGGUUCCUGUGCAGCUUUUUGCUUAGCUUGUGAAAUCUGUUUAAAGCGAAAGCCAAAAUACUGGCUUCUGGGUUCAGGACCUGACGCCAAACCAACCUGCCUACUUGGAGCUUCAGAGUCAUGGCUACAAAGGAGUCAAGAGAUGACAAAGCCGGGUCCGCCCUCUCCUCAUCAGCCAAUCAGAGCAAGCAAGUCGCUGAAAAACCAAACUACACGCUCAAAUUUACUCUCGUGGGACAUACGGAAGCAGUAUCAUCAGUGAAAUUUAGUCCUAAUGGAGAAUGGCUAGCAAGUUCUUCUGCUGAUAAAGUAAUUAUAAUUUGGGGAGCCUAUGAUGGAAAAUAUGAGAAAGCACUUAAAGGACACAGUCUGGAAAUAUCAGAUGUUGCCUGGUCAUCAGAUUCCGGGCGUCUUGUUUCUGCCUCAGAUGAUAAAACUCUAAAGAUUUGGGAUGUGAGAGUUGGAAAAUGUUUGAAAACGCUGAAAGGGCACAGUAAUUAUGUUUUUUGUUGUAAUUUCAACCCACCAUCCAACCUCAUCAUUUCAGGAUCUUUUGAUGAGAGCGUGAAAAUAUGGGAGGUGAAAACAGGAAGGUGCCUUAAGACUUUGUCUGCUCAUUCUGAUCCAGUUUCUGCUGUUCAUUUUAAUUGUAAGGGGUCCUUGAUAGUGUCAGGUAGCUAUGAUGGUGUCUGUCGAAUCUGGGAUGCUGCAUCAGGUCAGUGUUUAAAAACACUGGUUGAUGAUGAUAACCCUCCAAUCUCUUUUGUAAAAUUUUCUCCAAAUGGUAAAUAUAUUCUCAUUGCAACUUUGGACAAUACUCUUAAACUGUGGGAUUACAGCAGAGGCAGAUGCCUGAAGACAUACACUGGUCAUAAGAAUGAGAAAUACUGCAUAUUUGCCAAUUUUUCAGUCACUAGUGGAAAGUGGAUUGUGUCUGGUUCAGAAGAUAACCUGGUUUACAUUUGGAACCUUCAGACUAAAGAGAUUGUACAGAAAUUACAAGGUCAUACAGAUGUUGUGAUCUCAGCAGCUUGUCAUCCUACAGAAAACAUUAUUGCAUCAGCAGCAUUAGGAAAUGACAAAACAGUUAAACUGUGGAUGAGUAACUACUAAACCCUAAUCAAGUAGUAGAGCUAAAUGGGGGGCGGGGGUAGGUAUUUUAAAACAUGGUUUCUGUCAGUUUUGGCAUGGUUUUGUAUUUCUGUUAACAUUGUCUUGGAUUAUAUGAUUUUAAGACCUGUAACCUCAAUUUACAAAGUAAGAGAGUUGGAAAAGCAAAUCUAGACCCCAGGGUUUCUGACAUUUAUUCUUGAAGUCUGUUAUUAAUCUCUUGUGUCUGUCCUGAACAGAUUCCCAUUCUGUUCCUGUCGGUGACUAUACUAGAGGAUCAGUAUAUUUGAUAAAUAUUUAGAUGUAAGGCUUACAAAACUGAUCAAAAGAAGGGAGCACAGGAGUUUGGAAUAACUCCAAGGCUUUUGCUUUGGGAGAUUAGAUGAGUAAGAAUAAGCCUGGGAUGGUGUUUCUGUCAGAUGCCACUCACAAGCCUACAUGAUAGGCUGGGAAAUGGUUCUUGGAAUCAAGUUUGUAACUUGGGAAAAAUACGUAAUGGUUGUGUUUGUUUUGACAGUUUAAAAAUAUUAAGUUUUUAAAAUGAUAAAAAGUAAAAAUAAACCAGAACAAAAUUAUAAAGGCAUUUUACGGAAGGACCUCUAUCUUGUCAUACUGCCCUCUCCUGAUUCUCAGGGCAAGGAUGUUUGGUGAGGCUGCUGCCUUUCAUUAUGUCUGACCACUCACUCCUGCCCACACGUCCAGCUCAGAAACACCACUUUGUGGAGCCCUAACUGCCUGCCUGAUUCCAGCCACAGCUGCCAGCUGAAUUAGAUUUUCUUGCUUCUUUCUAUAGUUUGUUAUAAAAUUCAAAACAUAUCACUUACCAGUUUGUGUUGUAGUGGUUUCAUGAGCUAUGUUUCUGGUAAAUUAUGAGCUCUGUGGAGUCAAAUAUGUUUUAGGCAUCUUUGUAUUUUUAGUUUUUGUACACCGAAGGCACUCAAGUAAUGUUGGAUGAAUAACAUUGAAUUUACCACCAUCACAACUUCAUUCUUUGCCUGCUGUAACAAAUUUUUGGAAUCAUUCCUCAUACUGUUAUUUUUGUUGAUUAAAAGUAUCUAACCAUAGCCUCACAUAUUGACUUUAUUCAAACAGGAUUUAGAGGAAGUGUAAAGUGGAAAACAUUUUUGGCCUACUUUACAUAUAAAGAUAGAUAAACAUGAAAAAAUUUUCUAGAAAUUAAGCAAAAAACAAAAUCAUUUAAUUGAAAGCAGGUAUUAAGGAAUACAAAAGAAGACAGUUUUGCCAUUGUUGCUUAUGAUAGUGCUCAUGAAAUCAGAUUUGCUUGGCAAGUUCUAAUGAGUAUAAGAUACUAGAGUUACUAGUAGGGUAUGACUGCCAAGAAGUUAAUAUGUGAGAGUACUGAGAGAAAUGGGUUAGAUGGGCAGGGCUGAUUCUGGUCCAGAAAUUUAUAUUUAACCCCAAAAGAGAGAGUCACUAUAAGUUAUUGAACAAGAGGAUUGACACAAAUUGAGAAUGAUUGUGUAAAUUCUUGCUGCGUGGUAGCAUUUAUGAGUUUUGACUUAAAUAUUUUAUUAAACGAAAUGUCCAAAAUACAGCACUUUAAAAAUGCUUCCUUCAAAGCGCAAAAUGGUAUUAUUCCAUGAAGAAAGAUUACUUACCUUUUGGAGUUCCCUUCGUGGCUCAGUGGUUAAUGAAUCCGACUAAGAACCACGAGGUUGCGGGUUUGGUCCCCGUUCUCGCUCACUGGGUUAAGGAUCUGGCAUUGCCAUGAGGUGGGGUGUAGGUCCCAGACGUAGCUCGGAUCCCGCGUUGCUGUGGCUCUGGCGUAGGCCAGCAGCUACAGCUCCGAUUAGACCCCUAGCCUGGGAACCUCCAUAUGCCGUGGGUGCGGCCCUAAAAAGACAAAAGACAAAAAAAAAAAAGUACAUUAAAGAAAAAUGAAACUGGAGGACAUUUUGUUUCCUGCUUAGUACCAUAAAGCUAUUAGGUCACAGUACCUAUUCUAAUGAAUGAGUGAUUGUAUAAACAAAAUAAUUAAUUUUUAAAAAUUGUUUCUUUCUAUAAGCUGGUAUUCUAUGUAAUUUCUAUUUUUUUGUUCAUUUUUUGUUUUUCAAAAUUUUCAUACUAAUUCAUAUUAUUAUUUUGACUUUUAACUUUUUACAAAAGUUAAUGUAACUAUGUAAGCUAAUGUAACAAUCAAAAUUGUUCAUGUAGUAUAACAAUAUUAAAACUUUUUUAAUAAAAAAAUAAAAGUACA